AAAAAUCCAAUUACAGUUAGAUGCCUCAAGAGGCGUUUACCUCGCAUCGUCUUGCGUCUUCGCAUUCGUAUUCCGAAAACUGGAAACGUUCGCAACGUCGUGAAUGUCGUGCGAGUGCGUUUCAUGCGCUCAGUCCUCGGACACAACUCGAUCCAAACACUCCACCAAACAAAAUGGCGACGCGUCAAUUUGCGAAAAUACAAUUAACUUUAUUAUUAACAGUGUGCGUGGGCACGUUUAUAACAUUAACGAGCGCAUCAGAUGUUGAUUCAAUGACCGUCAACAAUGUACCUCACCCAGUGCAUCAUGGGAGUUUUCAAAAUGGCGUCGUGAGUUCAUCAACGGUUACAAUUUUGACAGAAAAUGAAGAACGUAAAUGUGGUAAACACUGCACAUCAUAUGAUAAAGACAGUGAAGAUUCAGAUGAUGACAGUGUCAUUGACGACGAUGAGCGCUACCAAGAUGGCGAAGAAGAUGACAACGAUGACGAUGAUGAUUUAGACGAGGAUAAUGGCAUCGAUUUCGUCGAUCAACGGCAAAAUGGUACAGAAAACUACAGAAUUAAAGUGAGUGGUUUGUUAUUAAUUAUAACACCACCGGAAAUGCCAAUGCCAACGCCAACGCCAUCUUCCACUGAAGCACCGCCAUUAACACCGCCUACACCACCAUCAAAUCAAACUAAUACAACAUCAUGGAGCGGUGUUAAAAAGCGAUUUAACGUGCGUCGGCACGAUCAGAGCUUCCUUGACCAACAGAAACGCAAACUAACGCGGUAUCAAGCGAGGAUUCCACAGUUUAUUAUGGCGCUUCUGCGAAAUCGACACGCCGCCCAAGCUCAUUAAAUUUAUGCACGCACGCGACGGCCAUAUUGUACACAAUGUGUUUUAAUUUAAAAUUUAUUUUAAUUAAUUUAGCAAGAAAUAGUUUAUAGGUCCGCAGAUUAAUAGUGUAAUUAAGUAUUUUUAUACAGUGUGCCCAAGUCACAUACAAAGUGUUCAAAAUAUUUAAAAAAAAUCAGUUUAUUUAAAGAAAUACAACAACAACCACAAUUUAUAAAAAUCACAAGUAAAAUAAUAAAUACUGAGUAUCUGAUAAAAUAAAUAAAUCCUCAUUUGAA